CACUCUCUCUACAAGAAAUGAAGUAAACCAAGCAAACCCUACACAACGGUUGAUAAACACUUUCUCUCUCUACUCUCUAGAUACCAGUCUCUCUCUCUCUCUCUCUCUCUCUCUCUCUCCCUCUCUCUUUGUAUCAAUCUAUCGACAGUGCGCAGCGCUACCAAUGGCGCACGAUAGCCAACUUCCCUGCGACGGAGAUGGCAUUUGCAUGCUCUGCAAAAACAAGCCACCGGACGAGGAGAAGCUGACCUGCAACACGUGCGUCACGCCGUGGCACGUGAGCUGCCUGGCCGUCAAGCCCGAAACCCUAUCCGGUACACUCCAGUGGGGGUGUCCGGACUGUACCACACUCGUCGGCGCCGACGCCGGAAAAUCUGCCGUCGCCGGAGGAGACGACGCCUCCGGUGGGCUCAUCGCCGCGAUUCGGGCGAUCGAGGCCGAUGCGUCGCUGACGGAGAGAGAGAAGGCGAAGAAGCGACAACGGCUCUUGAGCGGGGGCGCAGAGUCGGCCGGUGAAGACGACGGCGACGGCGGAGAGAAGUCGAAGAGGAAGGGGAAGGAGAAGGUGGAGGAUACGAACCAUUUUUUUGAUCUUCUUGAUGAGACCUUCAAGUGCUCGUUCUGUAUACAGUUGCCGGAGAGGCCUGUCACGACACCAUGUGGCCACAAUUUCUGCUUAAAAUGCUUCCAGAAAUGGGUGGGACAAGGAAAGCAUACUUGUAUAAAGUGUCGCUCCAGUAUUCCUGCCAAAAUGGCAAGUCAGCCCCGCAUCAACUCUACACUUGUGGCUGCCAUCCGUAUGGCAAAAAUGUCAAAAUCAAAUGCCACAGGAGGGCUUCAGAAAGUUUAUCAUUUUGUGCAUAACCAAAACCGACCUGAUAAGGCAUAUACUACAGAGCGAGCAGUGAAGGCAGGGAAGGCCAAUGCGGCAAGUGGGAGGAUAUUUGUCACUGUCGCACCUGACCAUUUCGGUCCGAUUCUUGCUGAGAACGAUCCAGAGAGGAACCAGGGUGUCUUGGUUGGGGAGUGUUGGGAGGGUCGGCUAGAAUGCAGGCAAUGGGGUAUUCACCUGCCGCCUGUUUCAGGUAUUUGUGGACAAUCGAACCACGGUGCACAAUCAGUGGUACUUUCAGGAGGUUAUGAGGACGAUGAGGAUCACGGGGAGUGGUUCCUCUACACCGGAAGUGGUGGAAGGGAUCUUAGUGGUAACAAAAGGACUAACAAGGAACAAUCAUUUGAUCAGACAUUUGAUAAAAGUAAUGAGGCUUUACGAGUUAGCUGCAGAAAAGGUUAUCCGGUUCGAGUAGUUAGGUCGCAUAAGGAGAAGCGUUCUUCUUAUGCCCCAGAGGAGAAAGUGUUGCGGUAUGAUGGAAUCUACAGAAUAGAUAAAUGCUGGAGGAAGGUUGGAAAACAGGGCUUCAAGGUCUGCAGGUACCUCUUUGUGAGAUGUGACAAUGAUCCUGCACCAUGGACGAGCGAUGUGUAUGGGGACCGGCCUAGACCCCUGCCAGUCAUUCCCGAGCUUAAACAAGCAACCGACGUUACCGAGAGGAAGGAGAGUCCAUCAUGGGAUUAUGAUGAGGAAAAAGAAUGCUGGAAAUGGAAAAAACCACCACCUCCCAGCAAAAAACCAGUAACUACAGGAAAUGCCGAAGGUGAAAAGAGUACAAGGAAAGCAAUCAGGAAAGUUCAUAUGAUAUCUGUAAAAGAGAAGCUUCUGAAAGGAUUUAGUUGCCUUCUUUGUCAAAAUGUGAUGACUCUCCCUCUCACAACUCCCUGUGCUCAUAACUUCUGCAAGCCUUGUCUGGAAGGUGUAUUUGCUGGCCAGAGUUUCGUGAAAGAGCGGACAACCGCUGGUGGACGGACACUUCGCUCACAGAAGAAUGUCAUGAAGUGUCCGACUUGCCAUACUGACAUUUCAGAAUUCCUUCAAAACCCGAAGGUUAACAGAGAAAUAAUGGGUGUCAUAGAGAAACUCCAAUGUAGGGAUGAAGAGGAUGAUGAUACCAUGGAGGAAUGCAAUAAAGAGGAAGGUGCUGCGAAGGAAGAGAGUUCUAAUGCUUUGAAUGGGAGUGAAGAACAUGAUUUGCCUACUCCUCAGGCUGAGUGCUCGCCUGAAAAGGCUUCCAAGCGAAAGAAUGUUGAUGCUGAUCCUCCAAUCGGCGAGAAACCUAAAAGGACUAACAAGAGGAAAAAAACUGAUGCUGGAGGAGGCUCAUCAAAGAUUGAUGAUAAUGGGAUGAAAACCGGGGAGAAGUCCAAUGAAGAAGACGAUUCUCGAGUGCAUGUUCUUAAAAGAUGUGCUGCUGAAGGAGCUUCCAAUAAUCAGAAAACUGAUGGUGGGGCAGAGGCCGAGAACAAGAUGGCUCAAGAUGCGGCCGGUGAAGGAAUCGAUUCACCUUCAAGUCCUCUCAAUGUGGGUUCAGAGGAUGACGAUUCCCGCUGAUUUUGUCCUCUUGGUUAAACAAUUUGGUACAUAAUUGGAUGGUGGCUAGGAUUGGAAGAUUUAUCAGUUGAAUAAUCAAACUGGUUAUAAUAAUUUCAAGUGGUUUUUUUGAGUAGAGGCCAGUGAUUCAGGCAUUCACAACCCUACAGAAGGGGUAGUUUGGCAAGUUUUUGAAAAACAUUUUUUGUUCAGCCAAACUGCUAUACACAUGUUUGUAUUUUGAUGCUUCACAUUGUAUUUUUGAUGCAGAGCCUGAAAGCAUAUGAUAUACAAAAAUGUUACUAUCAAACAGUUUCUCCUUGCCCGUCAAGUAGCUUCUAAGAUUCUUAUGAAAUGUGAAUUGUCACAAGAAACUAUUAUUGUAUUGGAAGUCAUUUUUUUGGAAUCCUCUAUUGUUGUACAGCAUAGGACAGCUGUGAUCUUUCAUGUGUGGGACCGUACAUUGGAGGACGGUCGUGAUCGUUCACGUGUGGGCUAUGCUUGUCUAUUAAAUGUCGCUGUAUGGUUGUGAUCGUUCACAUGUGCGGGCUAUGCUUGUUUAUUACGUAUCGUUGUACGGUCAUGAUCAUUCAUAUUAAGUAUCACUGUACGGU